UUCAAAUCCUUGUCGAGUGGGGACUGAUCGAAUCGAUGGAGUGGGCGUACUACGGCAGUGGAUACUCCUCGUCGGGGACGCCGUCGCCGGUGGGCGGCGACGGGGACGAGGACUCGUACAUGACGGUGUCGUCGGCGCCGCCCAAGCGGCGGGCGGGGAGGACCAAGUUCAAGGAGACGAGGCACCCGGUGUACAAGGGCGUGCGCAGCAGGAACCCCGGGAGGUGGGUCUGCGAGGUGCGCGAGCCGCACGGCAAGCAGAGGAUCUGGCUCGGCACCUUCGAGACCGCCGAGAUGGCGGCGCGAGCGCACGACGUCGCCGCGCUGGCCCUGCGGGGCCGCGCCGCCUGCCUCAACUUCGCCGACUCGCCGCGCAGGCUCCGCGUGCCGCCGCAGGGGUCCGGGCACGAGGAGAUACGCCGCGCAGCGGUGGAGGCCGCCGAGCUAUUCCGCCCGGCGCCCGGGCAGCAGAAUGCGGCUGACGAGGUGGCGGCGGUCGCUGCGCAGGGGACCGCGGGGAGCGGGGAGCUCUUUGCCGACUUCCCUUGCUACCCGAUGGACGGUCUGGAAUUCGAAAUGCAAGGUUAUCUCGACAUGGCACAGGGAAUGCUCAUCGAACCGCCGCCAAUGGCGGGGCCGUCGGCAUGGGCAGAGGAGGACUACGAUUGCGACGUCAAUCUAUGGAGCUACUGAUGGUCGCCCGUGCGCCUAAACCGAACCAGCCCUGAUGAGCAGGACUCAAUGUACAGCUUACUAUGGUAAUCUAAGUACGAAGCGUACCUACGGUGUGCUGUUUCCCUGCUAUUCUGACGAAAAUGGUUUGCGAUCAGAAGGAGCAGAGGAGCGUGCUUUAGGUGUUCAGGGGGACUCCAAACUCGUGCGACACUGGCAAUGGGGGCCAAAACUUUUAUUGGCGCCAGAAAUAACACAUGCUGCGGAAUGGAUGAACCCUUUAGUUAGCUUUGGUAGUCACAAGCCUCACCUCCCAGGCUUGUGUAAUAAGCAGUGUCUGCUGCGUGUCUGGCCUUUGUGGUUAUGACCCUCGAGGGAGCUAAUGAAGUUGCUGUGUGGUUAAUCCGC